GCACUCAAUAAAUUUGCCCUCGCACAGGCCGAAAUCAAUUUCUGGGAAGGCCACUACAAGAAGGGCUCCAAGGAGGCCGUCCCGCACCUCGAGGCAGCCAAGGAACGGCUCAAAACGCUCCGAGACGAAGAAUUCCUCCGUCUUGCGCCCGAAGAGCAGGCCAAGCGGAUACAGUUUCAGGUCGACAAGGCGGAUGAUGCCCUGCAGAACGACCUGUUUCAGAUGACGACCAUCAGCGAUCAGAUAGACAAGCUGUGCGAUGAGCACUUCCAGCUAGGUGGCAAAAUCCUCUGCAAGAUUGAAGUGUUAAAGUCCCUCAAGAAGCAGCUCACCACAACCCAGAGCCUCCUCCCGGCCCACCCGGACGUUCACAUCCAUGAGAUCGACUCCAACGAGCUGCCCAACCUCAUCAAAGCUUUCAUCCACAACCGCGACAACCCCACGCCUCCUGAGCCCAUCCCUCCCCCAAUGGGAUCCGCUGCGCCCUUCGCAGAUAAGGUCCUCCUGAGGAUCAACGACGCCUGCGCCAAAGUCGACCUCGCCAUGUCGGAGCUCCAGGGCGGCUCACUGGCCGCUGCGGCCACGGGUGCAGGCGUGGCAGCAGGCGACGGAGAUCCCAGUGAACCCCAAGCCGCUGGCACCGAGAAGCCAGGGGACCCCGCCGAGACGCCUGACCUCGACUCUCAAGAGCCCGGCGGAAAGGCGGUCGGC